UUGAAUCAGCAAUCACACGAUGAAUCCCGAUAGCAGCGGCACGAUGACUCCACACCAUCAUGACGACGGAGCGGACGGGAACAGAGCCGACAAACCUCUCCAACACACCCAGCCUGCAGACCAGCGACAGCUCACACACAUUGAGGGAUACUCCACGGUGCCGCCAAAUGAGUCAAGAAGGAGCAGAAUGCUGAGAAUUGCACAGAAAGAGCUUGAAGAUCUGGACAGAUGGCAGGACGAGCAUCGCCCUGGCCCCAUCCACCUCGCCCCAGAGAAGCUGGGCGGAGGUGUGCCGUUAGCAGAGGUCAGACAGAAACAGCAAGUGGAUGCCAACAGAGCAAAGCUCCAAAAAAAGCUCAAAAAAGAAGAAAUGAACAAGAGGGCGAGACAAGAAGAGGAAGAAAAGAACCAGAAAAUGAAGGCUGUUCAGAGAGAAAAGGCCAACAGGUUAGAGAUGAAGAAAAAGCAGCAGGAAGAAGAGAGAAGGGAGCAGUACCAAGCUGAUCUGCAAAGGAGAAAAGAAGAGUUUCUUCAAAGGUUUGAGAGGUCCAGCUCAGUUCCUAUGGCAACAAGCAACUCCAAACCGACGUCAUCUUGGGCCCGGGGGCACAAGCACAGGGAGGGGACUGAAGAGCUGGCAGCCCUCCAGAGAAAGAAAGAUGACCAGCGGAGAAAGGGUGAAAUUUUGGAGGAAAAACAAAGCCAACAGGAGGACACGAGGGAGAGGCAAAUGGAAAGUGAGCGUUUGCGGGUGAACUCACUGUUCCUAGACAGACUGGAGGCGAGAGGAUCAGGUAGAGCGUCUGAGUCCCCGCCGCGUCCCGUGGAGGGUGGUAACGUCUGGCAGGCACACAGACCACAGGACCCUGCCCUAUCACCCGGGCCUGAUCGUGCCGAGGAGGAGGAGGAGGAGGAGGCUGACCAUGACUGGGCUGUUAUGAGACUUCAGAGUCAGUUCCCCUACUAUGAGCGAGAGCUGCUGGAGGACAUCGUCUCUCAGUGUAAUGGCAGUUACCGCCAAGCCUAUGAUCUACUCAGCGUUUAAAUGACAACAUUACUGGUUCAGAACAAAAAUAUUAAGAAUUUAAAAACGUAAGAGUCUCAAGGACACUUAAAGUCUAAGUUAAACUGCAUCGGAGCUGUAUGGGUAGGGUUCACAGAAACAAUAAAUCUAGAGUUUAAUAAAUUCUGAAUUACAAAUACAAUAAACAUUCCUUUGCAUAUCA